AUGAACACCCCUGUCACAACCCACGAUCCAGAACCCGAAACAGAGGAAGAAAUGUCAAUGGCGGACAUAAUCAGAAUCGCAGCAGCUAGGUUCAUCGAUUCUUCCUCCACAGAGCCUGCCGACCCACCAGCAUCUGCAAACUCCGACGAUGAAAACGACGACGUGGAGCUCGUGCUCCACCUCCUGCGCGCCGCCGAUGAAUUGGACCACAAGCAGUACGAGCAAGCGGCUCACUCCCUCGACCUCUGCGAAUUACUGUCCUCCGAGGCAGGGGAUCUCACCCAGAGAGUCACUCACUACUUCGUCCAAGCGCUUCGCGAGAAGAUUCGCAACGAAACAGCAGCACCGAAACCCGAUCUCAUCGACGAAUUGAAACGAUUAAACCUCGAAGAGGCGGUCACCGCCACAUGCCCAUUAGUCGGAGUCAUGUACGAGAAAAUCCCCUUCUUUCAAAUCGGCCAGCUCGCCGGUGUCCAGGCGAUCGUCGAAACCGUGGAGGAAUCGAAAAGGGUUCACAUAAUCGAUUUCAGAAUCAGAAACGGGAUACAAUGGACGGCUCUAAUGCAGGCUCUGUCCCCUUCCUCGGGGAGACGGCGUGUCACUCUGGAGAUUCUGAAAAUCACGGCCAUCGUCACGGUUUCGGAAAAUUUGGUCCGCGAAACAGGGGAAAGGCUAGCGAAGUUCGCCGAAUCGAUGAAUAUACCCUUCUCGUUUAACUCCAUCGUGGUAUCGAGCUUGAUCGAAAUCGACGAGACGAAAUUCGACCUCGAUCCCAACGAAACCGUGGCUGUUUUCAGCGAGUACGCAUUGCAGAGUCUGAUUCCCGACCCGAAUCAGCUGGAUGCGUUGAUGACGGUCGUGAAGAACAUCCAGCCGGGGAUAAUGGUGGUGAUCGAAACAGAGUGUAAUCUCAAUUCGUCGAAUUUCGGUCGGAGGUUCGUGGAAGUUCUGUUCCACUAUGGCGCCUACUUCGAUUGCGUGGAUGCUUGUCUGGAAGGGGGAGAUGGUGGCGGGGAAAGGGGUUUGAUGGAGUCGAUGUUCUUGAGCCGGAUUGUGACGGGGCUCUUGGUGAAGGAGGGAAAAGACAUGGCGAAGUUCGUGACGGUGGAUGUUUGGAGGAAGUUUCUGAGUCGGUUUUCGAUGUGGGAGGUCCGGUUGAGCUCGUCGGCGAUGUACGUUGUGAAUCUGUUGCUGGAGAGGUUUGCCGGAGGGAAGUGUUGUACGUUGGACAGGGAUGGAGAAAGCAUGAUUGUUGGGUGGAAAGGGACGCCCAUGUUCUCGCUUGCUACUUGGAAGUUCCUCCAGUUCAAAACCACUGAACCUAACCCAGAAGAAGAAGAGAAAGAAGACGACUCGGAAUCCAUUAUAUCAUAA